GAAGGGGCAUAUGGCUGUGACGGGCACAAACUGUGAAGUUGUUAAAGCCCUUGUGGAUGCUGAUCUAGCAAUAGUGAUGCUACCAGACAGAGAGGCAUUGCUUGGAAAGGAUCCGCAUCUUGCCAGGAGGACAGAUAAGAAGGGGCAUAUGGCUGUGACGGGCACAAACUGUGAAGUUGUUAAAGCCCUUGUGGAUGCUGAUCUAGCAAUAGUGAUGCUACCAGACAGAGGUACAUUGUAAAUGUAUUACAUAUUACAUUUCUGGUGCUCUGGUUCGAGUUGCUUAUGUUAGCUGCAACAAUUUAUUCAUUUAGGAAGCUUUCAAUAUAUGGUGUUAGCUUUCUCUUCUUUUGUA